AUGGAGGGCGGCGACUCUCGACUCUCGAGACUCGAGUUGUUGUUGGGAGGCAGGCGUGGCGGCGACUGGAAAUCAGUGAUGGGAGGGCGGCGGCGACGGCGACUGAGGGUCGGGAGACGGAACGGAAUGGAGUUUUGGCUGCUGGUCGCUGGAGGGUCGGGAGACGAUCGAUUCAAAGGAGACUGGCUGGCGGCUGCUGGAGGUGGAGGGCGAGACUCGAGAGGCAGAGAGGAGAGGCAGAGGCCGAGAGGGUUAGGGGUUGUUAGGGCUUGUUUCGGUUGGGAUUGGGUCAUUGGGAGGCUGGCUGCUGGGCUGGGUUUCUUCAAUUGGGUUUGGGCUUGCAGCCCAGCCCUUGCCCCUUGGCCCAUUACCACUUACUAG